AUGGCCGCCAGGCGGGAUUUGGCCCAGCACUUGGGCCAGAUCUUGCCCUUCAACCUCGAGCCGGCGCUGGUGGUGCUUAGCUACGUGAUCAGUCUUGUCGGUGCCGCCUCCACGCUUGAGCUGAUCAACCGCCGCACCUCACGGCGGGGCUACUACAACAACCUCCUUCUCUUCGGCGCCUCCAUCACGAUGGGAGGUGUCGCCAUCUGGAGCAUGCACUACAUUGGCAAUCGCGCAACGAUCAUGUUGGACGGCGAGCCCGAGCUCCAGAUCUCCUAUUCUGCCGGGUUCACGGUCGCCUCCUUCUUCCUCCCCAUCAUCGUCUUGCUGGUCGCCUUCUUCGUGGUGACCGGUACCACAACCAGCCGCAGCAAGAUCAGCUGGUGGCGUGUGGGCGUGUGGGGCCUGCUCUCGGGGGGUGCCAUCAGCGGCAUGCACUACCUUGGCAACACCUCCAUCAGCAACUAUCGAUGCGACUACGUCCCCUCGUUCGUGGCCGGCUCCGUCGUCAUCGCCGUCGUCGCCAGUACCGUCGCGCUGGCCCUCUUCUUCGUGUUCCGGAGCGCCUGGACCAACUCGUGGUGGAAGCGCAUCGGAUGCGCCGUCGUGCUGGCUGGCGCCGUGUCGGGCAUGCACUGGUGCGCAGUCAUGGGCACCAGGUUCACCCUGAUGCGCGUGAACUUGAACGCCGACACCAGCUCCCGCAACACGACGGUUAUCGUGACCGCCUGCCUGUCGUUCGCGGCAUGCUUGAUCAUGGCUGGGCUCGCCAUCUACCAGGCUCGCGUGCACAAAGGCUAUGCCAACAGGGCGCACAGGAUCGCCUUGGCGGCAGCAGUCUUCGACGAGCGCGGGAGGGUCUUGGUCACCCCUGAUGGCUUCCUGCCCAGCGAAGUGGUCACCAGCAAGUUCCUGCACAAGAUGAAACUCCAUCUAGCCCGGCUGCCUCACCACGGGCGCAGCAUGAGGACAGGCAUAGACCUCGUCGACAGCGAGGGCCACGUCAUUGACGACUACGACACCAUAUUCUGCGAACUCUUCUGUGUUGCCGCCUCCGCUCUCGCCAAUCAGAUGCACGAAACACUUGUCGACGUCGGCGUCCUCUGGGAUGAGAUCCUCGCGACAGGCGGGCACUCCGUGGCGGACUCCAUCAGCCAGACGUCAACGCCUACGCGCUCCCGCGGUUCCCUGCAGAGAAUCAAGCAUGACCUCAGCGAUAUGGUGGAGAAAGGGGUGGCGGCCAACAUCCGCGGAGGCCACGGCCAUCUCAUGUUUCUGGUCCGAAGGGUUGACAGCGGCCACGUCGACCACCUGGCCGCCGCCGGCUACUGCUUCGCCGAGCCCCGACAGGUCGCCCAUAUCAUCCGCUCCAAGAUGCAGAUCCGGACCGCGAAAGUGGAGGAGAAGCUGAGGGACAUGGAGCGGUACGCCUGCGGAGCCAUGUUGAAACCCGGUAUCCACGUCGGCCUGUUCGCCGUCCGCACGCAGGUCCACCAGUCGGGCUUUGACGUCCUGGUUCGGCGGCUGGCCCGGAACAUGCUGCCAAGCGUCCAACUGCCCCUGGACCGGCUGGAACCCGGCCACACCGAGUUCCUGCGCAGGCUGGACGGCAUGUCCAUCGGCGCCCUGCUCCGGCGACUCGAGCAUGCGAACGAGCUCCCGCCCCGGGAUGCUCACUUCGCCGGGCUGCUCCUCGAUGCGCUGCGGAAUCUUCGGACUUCCGUCCAGCACCCCGUCUUCGAUAGCGCCAAGCUCGCGACCAAGGUGUCGCAGGUUCCCUGCUCGCCGCCGGCCCACGAGACGCGGCCGUCGACGUGUUCGCUCAUCGCCUUCACCAUCAUGAUCCCCAUCCACAUCCGCGUCGACUCCCCGACCUACGAGUUCAUCCCCCUGCCCUUCUUCAAGACCCAGCAACUGGUCUACCAGAACUCCCCCCACAACGCCGCCUUCGCACGGUCAGUACACCGCAGUAUCGCGCCGGUGCUCGACUCGGCGUCGCCUCCAGGCAGCGCACUCCCGCCGAGCAGCCGGCUGCGAGAGUUGGUCACGAUGCCGCGCGUCCUGCGCUUCCCGCGGUCCGGCCGGCUCUCGGCACUCGCCGCCCACCCGCCGAGCCAGCUGCGCCCGCGGCGCGGCGACGCCGUCAGGCUGGUGUCGCUCAGUCGCGAGCACAUGGCGCUGACGCCCAGCGGCGGCGGCAGCGUCUCCUCCCUGCCGCUGUACGGCGGCGAGCCGCCGGACCACGCUGCUGCUGCUGCUGCUGCGGACCGCGAACCGCAGGCUCCGAGCGAGGUAUCGUCCACAGACUCCGCCCCGCAACAGCAGCACCCCACCAAAAUGUCGUUCGGCGGUAUCAUGGUCUCGCAAGAAAUCACCGUCGACGUGGAAGACGCGGCCGCCGCGGAACCGGUGCACGAUGACAUGCCCGAGAUGCCCGCGGCGGCGCACCACCGACAGGACUCGUUCGGCAGCGGCGACGGCGCACACGUGUUGGCGCGCCAUCAGAGUCAGGGUGAGCGGGCAGGCGCGCAGGGCGGAGCCGGCGGCGGCGGCCAGAACCCGCCGCCGCGCUACGAGCGGGCCAUCGAGCUGAGGGAGGUCUCGACGGCCAUGUGCCCGGGCGUGUCCAAGGUGGUGGUGAACAAGGAGGGUGAUGAUGCCGUGGAGACGUUUGUCGAUGACCUAUUUUCUGUUUGUAUCAACGUCCCUAGACGGAUGUAA